CAGUGGAACAAACCAGUGUAGGCAGCGAGCGUCUCACCUGCCUCUUCUGUCUUUGGAAAGCUGGGCCACGUUCCCUGUGAGGACUAUCCCGGGACCACCUGCUACAGCGGAGACCCCGCCGCUCCGACCUUCACCCGCUUUGUACCUGUCCCUGGAAUGGCAAAAUUCUACACGCCAACGGGACAGACAUUGCUCUCCUCUUAUGGGUUUCUAGCAGAUUGUCAUCUCCUUUCAGUUAUGAUCCUGAGACGAGCCUCUUCAGCAGGUCCGGUUUAAGAAAUGACUUAAGAAUCCGAGUCCCGGGCAUCCCCCCCCCUGCUUUUCUUUUGGGGCAUCGCUUCUAAGUGCCUUUUUUUCCCUCCUCAUCAUGUGUUUCGGACCGUAGCAUCCUCUUCAGAAGGAGAACCGGCGUUCCUUUCCCUCUCGAGACAUCCAGGAAAUUUUAUGCAGAGCACAAUGAAGAUUUUUGACCGAGUGAAGCCAAAGAACGUUCCAAAGAACGCCUGGCAAUGGCAUAUUCAGGACCCCGCAAGCCAGCUGCUAACGUGGAACAAGCCACCAAAAAGUGUGUUGGUGAUCAAAAAGGUCCGAGACGCCAGCUUGCUGCAGCCCUUCAAGGAGCUCUGCGUUUUCCUCACAGAGGAGAAAAACAUGAUUGUGUACGUGGAGAAGAAAGUGCUGGAAGACCCGGCUAUUGUUAAUGAUGAGAACUUUGGACCAGUGAAGAAGAAGUUUUGCACUUUUAGAGAAGAUUAUGACGACAUCUCGAAUCAGAUCGACUUCAUUAUUUGCCUCGGAGGGGAUGGGACCUUACUGUACGCGUCAUCGCUCUUUCAGGACAGUGUCCCGCCGGUGAUGGCUUUCCACUUGGGAUCACUGGGUUUUCUCACACCUUUCAGCUUUGACAACUUCCAGACGCAAGUCACUCAGGUUAUAGAAGGUAACGCGGCUCUCGUACUGCGUAGCCGGCUAAAAGUGAAAGUGUUGAAAGAGCACAAAGAGAAGAAGUCGGGGGUGCAGAAUGGACUAGAAGAAAACGGUCUCAUUGUUAAGAAGCCUGAGAAGGAGAUGGGAAAACAAACCAAGUAUCAGGUCCUGAAUGAAGUGGUGGUGGACAGAGGUCCAUCCUCUUACCUAUCCAAUGUUGAUGUCUUCCUAAACGGGCACCUUAUAACUACUGUGCAAGGUGAUGGGGUCAUCGUGUCCACACCUACAGGCAGCACCGCGUAUGCAGCGGCGGCUGGGGCAUCCAUGAUUCACCCCAAUGUCCCCGCCAUUAUGAUCACCCCAAUUUGCCCUCAUUCCCUGUCUUUUCGACCAAUAGUGGUCCCUGCUGGAGUGGAGUUAAAGAUCAUGCUGUCUCCGGAAGCGCGGAACAAUGCGUGGGUAUCGUUUGAUGGAAGGAAGCGGCAGGAGGUUUGCCACGGAGACAGUAUUAGCAUCACUACCUCUUGUUACCCGCUCCCUUCCAUCUGUUUCCGUGACCCGGUCAGCGACUGGUUUGACAGCUUGGCGGAGUGUUUACAUUGGAACGUCCGAAAGAAGCAAAACAACUUCACAUCUGAUGACGAAGAAUACUAGAGACUACUACGGAGGAGCAGGAUCUGGUUCCACUUAAGUCUUUCUUUCCGGUUCAAAUGUGCCCCGUUCAUGGAAAACAGACCAAAAACAGACAUAAGUGCUUUCAAAAGCCACCAGCUGCAAAAUACUGGUCUACCGAUAACCAGCUUCUUCCUUUUAUUUAUCACAAUAGCGAUAUCGCUUGGAGAUUUUAAGACAGAACUUUAUAUUCGUGUUUCUUAUAAAGUAAGAUUGGGAAUGUUGAUGUUGCGGCCAGAGGUGUCUCCAAGGCGGCGUGUUGCAGCGCAGACCCUCUGAUCGCAAAGUGGUUAAACUGAUAUGUUUACAUUUUCUAAUUGUCCCAUAAUAGAUCGUACGAUGUA